CAGAUUGUGCCAGAGAGCAAGAGAGAGGAACUGGGGUGAGCAAGCAUUGUGGCUUUGUCUGUUUCCUGUUUCAGCAAGGCUGCUGUGCAGAAAGAAAGACAGUACGAAGAAGGAAAAUGCUAAGGGGGCCCAGGGCCAUGGACUGACAGCUUGCACUUGACCCAGCUGCUGCCUUGCCCCAUCUGAGACCACAGCCAAGAUCUGCCCAGCAGCUGGAAUGCUUUCCUGAGCUGCUUGGUUUGGAGCCUGGGACCCAAGACCCAGGCAGCUAUUCCAGGAACUGGAAGCCAAGCACAACAGGUGCUCAGGAGGUCAUCAUGAUCAGCCUGGACCCCAGGCCUUCCCCUGGCUUGGCCCGGUGGGCCGAGAGCUAUGAGGCCAAGUGUGAGCGCCGGCAAGAGACCCGUGAAAGCCGCCGUUGCCGCCCCAAUGUGACCACUUGCCGCCAGGUGGGGAAGGCGCUGAGGACCCGGCAGAGAGAGCAGCUCCAGAGAGCACGACAACAGGAGUUCUUCAGGAGGAGGAACCUGCAGGUGGAGGAGAAAGGCAAGACACAGAGCCCCAGGGCCAAGGAGCACGGUCCCUCGAGGAGGCCAGGCCAGCCAACUGACCUCAAGGAGUCCUUGUCUUGGGCCAGCAGGAUCUCCUCCUCCCCCCGGCAGCAGGUGUCAGGAACCAGCUCUGAUGCCUUUCCAACCCAGCGUCACCCUUCCUCAAGCACCCAGAGGGAUCUGGCUCACCUCUCCUCCCAGGCUGGGGGCCUUUCACCACAGGACUCUCCCAUCAAGAAGCCACCCACACACCACCGUGGCACUCAGACAAAGGCAGAAGAAGCCCAGCCAACAAUUAAGAAUGAUGCCAGUCAGCAAACCAAUUAUGGAGUUGCAGUUCUAGAUAAGGAAAUCAUCCAGCUUUCUGAGUACCUCAAAGAGGCCCUCCAAAGGGAACUGGUUCUAAAACAGAAAAUGGUGAUUCUCCAAGACCUACUGUCCACGCUGAUAAGGGCCUCUGACAGCUCUUGGAAGGGCCAGCUUAAUGAAGACAAAUUGAAGUGCAAACUGAGAUCUUUAGAAAACCAGCUGUACACCUGUACCCAGAAAUACUCCCCUUGGGGAAUGAAAAAGGUGUUAUUGGAGAUGGAAGACCAGAAAAACAGCUACGAGCAGAAAGCCAAGGAGUCGCUGCAGAAAGUGCUGGAGGAGAAAAUGAGCGCAGAGCAGCAACUGCAGAGCGCGCAGCGGUCCCUGGCUCUGGCUGAGCAGAAGUGUGAAGAGUGGAGGAGCCAGUACGAAGCUCUGAAGGAAGACUGGAAGAGCCUGGGGACCCAGCACAGAGAGCUGGAGAGCCAACUCCAUGUGCUUCAGUCCAAACUGCAGGGAGCAGACAGUAGAGACUUACAGAUGAACCAGGCUCUGAGACUUCUGGAGACUGAGCACCAGGAACUGCAGGCCAAGAUUGAACACCUGCAGGGGGACAGAGACCUGUGCAGCUCGGAUACGCAGCACCUACAAGAUCAACUGAAGAGGUCAGAGGAGGAGAAACUCGCCCUGGUGGCCAAAGUACAGCAGCUGCAGAGUCUGCUUCAGAAUCAAUCCUUACAGCUUCAAGAACAGGAGAAACUCUUAACAAAGAAAGAUCAGGCUUUGCCUGUGUGGAGUCCAAAGCCCUCCCAUAAGGAAGUGGAACCUGAGGGUACAGGGAAGGAGAAAGAACGGGAUUUCAGAGACCAGCUGCAAAAGAAGACUUUGCAGCUCCAGGCCAAGGAAAAGGAGUGCAGAGAACUGCAUCUGGAGUUAGACAACCUCAGUGACGAGUAUCUCUCCUGCCUGCGUAAGCUGCAGCACUGUCGAGAAGAGCUGAACCAGAGCCCACGGCCGCUUCCCAGAAGGCAAUGUGGCCAAUGGCUCUCGAUGCUGAUGGUAAUGAUUGCUAUAGCACUGGCAGUGUUCCUGGCCAACAAGGACAGCCUGAUGAUCUGAAUCACUUCGGACAGCUGCCUGGGUGAAAAUCCGAAGCAAGAAACUCAAAAAACUCAGAAUGUUUACAUACUUUAGAGUGUGGGUUUUCCCACAGAGAUUUCUGACUUUAUUAUUUUUUUUAACCUACUGUAAAAUAAACUUCACCUAACAAGUU